GCCACUAGUGGAGGUAUAUUUGGAAGUGAGCGGAAACGCCAAGCGGUUGCACAUUUAUACAUUCGGUGAAAUAUCUAUCAUUGUUCUAUCUGUUACCAUCUCGAGCGUACAGCUGGAACUUAUUUUUGUUGCUUCGUCUUGAGGGCAAAGGUUGCACAUGAAGAUUCCUCCGCCUAUUACGCGCUUGUUUGUUUUUGUAUAAAAAGGCAACUUUCAAAAAGCCUGGCAAUACGUGAUACCACCGCGACAGGAGCUGUAAGACAUGGCGUGUUUGGUUGCGGUUUGCAGGGACGGGGAAGAGGACUUCCCUUUCCUCGCAAGACAGAUUCCCCUGUACAUCGAUGACACUCUCACAAUGGUGAUGGAGUUUACUGACGAUGCCAUGAACCUUGACAGUCACCAGAUCAACAGUUCUGAGAUGAAGCAGUUUGUUGAGCAUCACAGCAUGCUGAAGCAGCAGGACCUGAACAACGCCAUGAUUGUGUCGUCCAGGGAGAUGUUCAGCGCCCUGUCCCAGCUGGUGCCGUGUGUGGGCUGCAGGCGGAGUGUGGAGCGCCUCUUCUCCCAGCUGGUGGAGUCUGGGAACCCGGCUCUGGAGCCCCUCACUGUGAAGCCCAUCGGCGUGCUCUCUGUCACCAAGGCCUGCGUGGUCAACGCAAAGAAGCUCUACACCCUCUUCUACGUCCACGGGUCAAAGUUGAAUGACAUGAUCGACGCCAUUCCAAAAAGCAAAAAGAAUAAACGCUGCCAGUUGCACUCCUUAGACACACACAAACCUAAGCCACUGGGGGGAAGCUGGAUGGAGGUGUGGGAGCUCAUGUCUCAGGAGUGCAGGGAUGAGGUCGUUCUGAUUGACGGUGCCUGCCUCCUGGAAACCCUGGAAACAUACUUGCGCAAACACAGGUUCUGUACUGACUGCAAGAACAAGGUAUUGAGAGCGUACAACAUCCUGGUAGGGGAGCUGGACUGCACUAAAGAGAAGGGCUACUGCGCUGCCUUGUACGAGGGUAUCCGCUGCUGCCCCCACGAGCGCCACGUCCAUGUCUGCUGCGAGACGGACUUCAUUGCCCACCUCCUGGGCCGGGCCGAGCCCGAGUUCACCGGAGGUUAUGAACGUAGAGAGCGGCACGCUAAGACCAUUGACAUUGCUCAAGAGGAAGUGCUGACCUGCCUGGGCAUCCACCUGUACGAGCGGCUGCACAGAAUCUGGCUGAAGCUGAGGGCAGAGGAGCAAACCUGGCAGAUGCUCUUCUACCUUGGCAUUGAUGCUCUACGCAAAAGUUUUGAGAUGGCGGUGGAGAAGGUGCAAGGCAUCAGUCGUCUGGAGCAGCUGUGUGAAGAGCUGUCAGAGGAGGAGAGGGCCAAGGAGCUGAAGCAGGAGAAGAAGAGGCAGAAGAAGAAGAACAGGCGAAAAAACAAAUGCGUCUUCAACAUGUCCGACGGCAAGGAGAAGAGCCUGGAUGAGGCUUCAUUAGAGUCUGUGGAGAGAAGAGGCUGCAAGGCCUGUGGAAGCCCAGAGGUGGAGGGUCAUGUCGGCUGUGUGGAGGUGGUCGUCACCAGCAACGAGAGCACUACUUCCUGCAGCUGUCCAGACGGCACCGUUCCUAAAGUCAAGAAAGGUUUGUCACCCCACAGCAAUGGGAGUGACUGUGGCUACUCUUCUAGCAUGGAAGGCAGCGAGACUGGCUCACGGGAGGGAUCUGACGUCGCCUGCACUGACGGAAUCUGCAACCAUGAGGAAGCAGGAGACUACUUGUGUGGUCACCAUCAUAAUCCCUGUGAUGAAGACGAGGAGGACGGGGUAUACAGCUGUGUGGAGUGCUGGGCUAACUCUGAAGAAAACACAAAGGGCAAGAAAAAUAAUAAGAAAAGAAAGAACAAUGGCUCGUUAUGUAACGAUCAGGGUGGAAAAACAGAGGGUUGUGUGAUGGAAGGGUACAGGAGAGGGAAAAACACUUCUACAACGUCACCUGUGUGCAGAACCAAAGAGACGUGUGCCAAGUUAUGCUGUGACACCUUUUCUAGCAUUGCACUGCAGUUACCAUGGGCAGGACAUCAAAAGAACAUGAGCCAUUAUCUGGAGGCAAACAUGUGUGGUCAGGGGAACACCAGCGCCAACAGUCUCAUGGAACUACUGAACGACUCUGAAGUGACUUCAGACGAAGAGAACUGCCUCACGCAGGACGAGAUCCAGUUGUUUGUGGAUAGCAACAAGUCCUUCUACAACAACCGCCACCAGUACAGACAGCACCUGAAGGAUAAAUUUACCAAGUACUGCCGCGGCGGUGGAGAGUGGUUCGCUGCUGCCACCACCAGCGUCAAUUAAUGAAUUUGCUGCUGUUGCACGACUCUACUGUUGUGAAGUCUUUUUAACACAUGAUUAUUACCAUUGCUCUGCGCGUACCGCCUUUAAAACAAAUAGAAAGAAAUCUAAGUACAUUUUGGUCUGGUGUUUAUUUUGUCCCCCACUCUGUGGUUGAAGUAAAUGUGACUCUUAAUUUCCCCCAUGUGUUUAUCUUCUCUCAAUCUAUCUCUGUCCCUACUGUUCACCUAUCUUGUCACCUCUCCUCAUUCACCUUGUCGCCCCAUCUUUGUUCUACUCCCUCCCAGCCUGACCAGUUUCUUUCUGGUCUCAUUUUGUAGGGCUGAUGGAUUUAUUUAUUUUUUGUAGCACAGUAGAUCUGAUAAUCAAGCUUGCAAGCUGUGACAUUAGGAUUUAAAUGUUGGUAGUCAGUCCUGUGUUGUUUUUUUCUCGCAUAUUCCUUUUUGUGUAUCUCACUUAUUACUCUGACACUUCAUUUUAGUGGAAUAAGUUGCACCAAUAAAUGUGUACAUAAAUGAAAUUAUCUGAAUAUAAAGAUUUUACAGUAAGACAAUGUAUAAGAUUUACUAAAUAAAACAUAUUUAUUAAUAUGCGUUUAUAGUUUGUGCUUCUGACCUGGCUCCCUACCAUGUGCUAUGUUAUUGAAUAACCAGUAGAUAGCGUAAUAUGACAAGUUUAGCCUCACAGGCCUGUCAUUGGGAGCUGACCGAAAGCACGGUACUUUGUUUAGAAUAUAACAAGUUAUUGGUAUGGAAUAAUUAGUCUUGAGUUUUCCGUUUUUACACAUGGAAAGUUUUGCAAUAAAUUCCCUCAAGUUUGCACUUUGGCUUCUGUUGGUUGCAAAAUAAUGCAACAUGCAUGUGAAUUUGAGGUAAUGUGACCAGAUUUUGGGAAAUGUGUUGCUGGGGAAAAAUGUAAUUGAACUAUAUUUAACGAUCCAUUUUUAAAUUUACAGUCCUUUCAACUACAACACAUACAUAGAUUACCCUUUGUUUUACUCUAACAUACUGACGUUGAAGUGCGCAAGCAGUGUGGAGGCAAUGAUUGAAUAACAUGUAUGUGUACAUUUAUUUUGCAACACUCGCGGGAGGCGGUGUGGUCAUGUUAGCCUAUGUAGUUAUUUUAGAAUCACCCAAAUUUGGUAGCCUAUACUGUUGGAUUGUUUUGUUUUUUUGUCUGUUCAUUUUUUUUGGUUCAUUCGGUGUUGCAAUUGUAUCACUGAUUAAACGAGUGAAGGCGAGACUACAUUUUUUACAUGCAAAUCCGAUUUGAUGCAGCUUUUGAUUACGGAAAUAUCAAUUUAACUACAGUGGUUGGCUACAUUUUCAAGACCAAGGAUAUUACUUACUGUAUUUUAACAAAUUGAUAACUCCUGUGUGCUGCAGACGUCAAAGUAUGCAUGAGGAAAUCCUAUACAAAACUACACAACGACCGCGUUUAGACAAAUAAUAUCAGACUAUCAUUGUACAGUAUUUGUAUUAAGGAAAUCCAUUAGCAGCUACUCUCCCUGGGCUGCAAACAUAUUAAGGCACUUACAGUACGUCAUAACAUUAUUACGCUACUACAUAUUUUGUAUUGUUAUACUAUCCGUAUAUAAUGCACACAAAGAAAUGUAUGUCUGUUUGUCAGUAUGAAGAUUACACAGUUGAGCACAGAGGCCGUUUAAGACUCAUCUUU